GACCUGGCGUCCAGACUCGCCACCUGGGAUUAGGGAGAAACUCUGAGCUGCCAAACCUGUAGACUAGGCUGGCUGGGAGGUUGAGACUCCGCUCACGUCCACCCGGCCGUCUCCCACCCAUUUUCUCGGGUGCACUGGCGCCUAGUGCCUGCCUUUCGCCAUUUUACUUGUUGGCAUUAAAUUCCGUUGCAGUAGGUAGCAGUGCUUAAGAAUCUAGGCGGCGGCAUGUUCUCUUGCUUCCAGUCUGCAGGAGGCGCAAGUGAUGGUUUUGCUGGGUCAACUCUAUGGACAUCCAAAUCCUAGUAAUUCACUUCUUCCCCGAAAACAGUGCCUGACCCUCCUGUAUUGCCACACAGGAGGCGAUCAGUAAAAGUCUGUUGAAAGAAAGAGUAUUAAAUGUGUUUAAAAGAAGCCCUUCCAAGGGAGCGCCUACGAGAGGGUUUUUCAAUUGAGAGGUUUGGUUAAUGCAUUGCUUCCCAGGCAAUCUCAAUCCGCAGGAAGCCAGCAACUCGCUUGCACAUCCCUCUAGCUUCCAAGUUAUCCCUGGGGCAGCUGCCGAGGCUAUAAUUCUUAUAUAAUUCUCACUGCCAAUUACAGGGACGUGCAGGGAGAAGCUGUCUCGUGGAUGAGACCCGAAGAGUGUGCGGAGCGCCAGCAGGCGCUCACUUUGCGGGAGGCGCUUUUUCCAGGUUAUCAAUCCAGCGAAUGAAACGGUAUAUGCACGCUGCUUGGUUUGCAAAAAAGAAGAAGUAAAUGAACAAGCGAGACGCCCCUUCCGUUUUAUGACUACCAAGCUGCAAGCACAUAUAUCGGUUGACUCCACUGCAAUCAUCUGCACUCGUGUGUCAAGAGAGCCUGUUCCUAUCAAUCCCUGAAGCCAUAAGGAAAAUUUAAAAAAAAAUUUAAACUUUACUACAAUGAGGUGUUGCCACAUCUGCAAACUUCCCGGGAGAGUAAUGGGGAUUCGAGUGCUUCGUUUCUCUUUGGUGGUCAUCCUUAUGUUACUACUGGUAGCUGGUGCUUUGACUAGUUUACUUCCUAAUAUCAAAGAAGACAAGCUGCUCACCUUGCGUAGGGAGAUAAAGUCCCAGGGCAAAUCCACCCUGGAUUCCUUUACUCUCAUAAUGCAGACCUACAACAGAACAGAUCUCUUAUUGAGACUUUUAAAUCAUUAUCAGGCAGUACCCCAUCUGCACAAAGUGAUUGUUGUGUGGAACAACAUUGGGGAGAAGGGACCAGAUGAGUUAUGGAAUUCUCUGGGGCCUCACCCUGUCCCUGUGAUCUUUAAACAACAGACAGCAAACAGAAUGAGAAAUCGACUCCAGAUCUUCCCUGAACUAGAGACCAAUGCAGUGUUAAUGGUAGACGAUGACAUGCUAAUUAGUGCCCAGGACCUCGUUUUUGCCUUCUCUGUUUGGCAGCAAUUUCCUGAUCAGAUUGUAGGAUUUAUUCCUAGAAAGCAUGUCUCUACUUCAUCAAGUAUUUACAGUUAUGGAGGUUUUGAACUGCAAACACCUGGGUUUGGAAAUGGUGACCAGUACUCUAUGGUGCUAAUCGGAGCUUCCUUCUUCAAUAGCAAAUAUCUUGAACUCUUUCAGAAGCAACCAGCAGCUGUGCAUGCUUUGAUAGAUGAAACUCAAAACUGUGAUGAUAUUGCCAUGAAUUUUAUCAUUGCCAAGCAUAUUGGGAAGGCUUCAGGGAUGUUUGUGAAACCUGUAAACAUGGGCAAUUUGGAGAAGGAAAACAACGGUGGAUAUUCUGGAAUGUGGCAUCGAGCUGAGCAUUUCCUGCAGAGGUCUUAUUGUAUUAAUAAGCUUGUUAGUAUCUAUGAUGGCAUGCCCUUAAAAUACUCCAACAUUAUGAUUUCUCAGUUUGGUUUUCCAUAUGCCAACCACAAAAGUAAAAUGUAAAAGUAAAAAAACAAACAAACAAAAACAAACCUCAAAACUGCUUGAUAUUUGAGUAGCUUCUCUGUGUUUUGUAGUUUUUUUUCAAGCAACAUUAUGAACUUUUAUCCAUUCCAGAAGUCUCUACAAAGGAAAAAAUGUGCAGUGCUUCUAGGAUAUAAAAUUCAUACUAACUUUAAAACCAAGAAGCUGGUAUCAUCCAGAUAAGUCUUCUUUUGAGGAGCUUUUAUCCAGGGAUAUAACUUCUGAGUUAGUGAUUUCAUUGUUUACAUUCUGGGACUGUUCUACAGUGUCUUUGAGUCCUGGCAUUUACCUUAAAGAACUAUAGCAAGCUUUUUCCAGGAUCAGAAACUCAAGAAAGGCAUUUCUCAGCAUUUUCACUGAAGGUUGAUUGUUUUAAUAGGAAGCUUGAAUGUCUCUUUAGCAAAAGCUAAAGGUGGGAAAAAAGCCAUGUGAGAAAAGGAUAGUCACAAUCCCGUAUAUGAAUAAGAGGAAAAUGGGUCAUUACCAAUGUCUGCUUCCCUUCUGACCCUUCCAACUAGCCCUCCCAGAACCAACUCAUCCCAGCAUGGUUUUUUGUCCAUAAGUCUGUUGUGACUGGCAGGGUUCAUUUUAGUAGCUGAAAGCUGUCUAGUUGUCUGCUUGAUUUUUCUGAACAUUUACUGCAUGGUCACAAUAAUAAAAAUGCAGCAUUUCUUUCUUAUAUGCAGCUAAAGGAGUAAAUGUGUUACUAGAUUCGGGUCAUGCAUUUUGUGUAAAAUAACUCUUCCUAAAGAAUGACUAAGUAGGAGCUGACUGAAGUUAAAACUCUUGGUAACAAAUGAUAUUUAUUUUUUGAGUGUAGGUGAUCUCUGGGAUACUAAAGAGACUGUGCAUAUUGCACACAAAGCCAAUCUCUUGCAUUCUGAACUUCAUUGUUUUAGUUGUUUUUUUGUUUGUUUGUUUUCCAAAAAAGACCCAAAGCACCAUUCAUCAUAAUUAAAUUCCAAUUACAUAGGUUGAGGAAAAAAUAAGGUCAUACCAGAGGAAUUCUGUGGGGAGUCUGCAGCAGUUAAUUGUUAAGUGUCCCCAUUCGGUUAUGUAUAUUUGAGGAUCUCUUCCACACCGUGUCUUAUGUUUAGUCUUUGUUCGCUGCUGGCAGCAAGAAAUACUUAAAUAGGCCUCUUCUCCUUCUUCUUAUUAUUCUUUUUAUGUAAUGUCAGUAUUUUUCACAAUUGCAAAAUUGUGAAUAUAUUAAAAUAAUCAUGGUUAAUGUCCCAACAAUGAGGACUCUGCGCAGCUACUUCAGUAUAUGUUGCUUCUUUACACUGGAGUGUGUACAUGUUUUCAUGCAGUCAGAGAAAACCAACAAAACUCAGAACCUCACUAAAAAUUUAUCAUGUUAAUUAUCUGCUCUGUCUAACCUCAUGAUUUCUUUUUGCCUCCUGGGAUCUCACUAGCUGAUAAAUAAAAUAAACUUUUAC